AUGAGCUCCCCCGGCGCGGAGGGCGCGGGCAAGCCCCCGCAGUACCGCGUGGACCACCUGUUGAGCGCCGUGGAGAGCGAGCUGCAGGCGGGCAGCGAGAAGGGGGACCCCACGGAGCGGGAGCUGCGCGUCGCGCUGGAGGACAGCGACCUGUGGCUGCGCUUCAAGGAGCUCACCAACGAGAUGAUCGUCACUAAGAACGGCAGGAGGAUGUUCCCGGUGCUGAAGGUGAGCGUAUCGGGGCUGGACCCCAACGCCAUGUACUCCUUCCUGCUGGACUUCGUGGCGGCCGACGGGCACCGCUGGAAGUACGUGAACGGGGAGUGGGUGCCCGGCGGGAAGCCGGAGCCGCAGGCGCCCAGCUGCGUCUACAUCCACCCCGACUCGCCCAACUUCGGCGCCCACUGGAUGAAGGCGCCCGUCUCCUUCAGCAAAGUCAAACUCACCAACAAGCUCAACGGCGGCGGGCAGAUCAUGUUGAACUCCCUGCACAAGUACGAGCCACGGAUUCACAUCGUGCGAGUGGGUGGCCCGCAGCGGAUGAUCACCAGCCAUUCCUUCCCAGAAACCCAGUUUAUAGCUGUGACAGCCUACCAGAACGAGGAGAUCACAGCUUUAAAAAUUAAAUACAAUCCGUUUGCAAAGGCAUUUCUUGAUGCAAAAGAAAGAAGUGAUCACAAAGACAUGAUGGAAGAAGUGGGGGACAACCAGCAGUCUGGGUAUUCACAGUUAGGUAGCUGGCUCAUCCCUGGCAGCGGGGCUCUGUGUCCCCCGGGCAAUCCCCACGCGCAGUUUGGAGCCCCGCUGUCGCUGUCCCCUGCCCACAGCUGUGACAGGUACUCGUCGCUGAGGAGCCACCGGCCGGCGCCCUACGCCAGCCCCUACACGCACAGGAACAGCUCUCCAACAGCCUAUGCUGACAACUCCUCUGCCUGCCUGUCCAUGCUUCAGUCCCAUGACAACUGGUCUUCUCUGGGAGUUACUACACACACAGCCAUGCUGCCCAUGGGUCACAGCACUGGUACAGCUACCAGCUCCAGUCAAUACCCCAACCUGUGGUCUGUGAGUAACAGCACCAUCACGCCGGUGUCGCAGCCGAGCGGGAUGUCCAACGGGCUGAGCUCCCAGUUCCUGCGCGGCUCUCCAGGACACUACUCGGCCCUGCCCCACGCCGUGCCAGCAGCCUCCUCUGCCUCACCCCUGUAUGACAGCGCGGCGCCUGCUGACCUGCCCGACAGCCAGUAUGACACCUCUGCACAUGCCAGGCUGGCACCCACAUGGACACCUGUCACCUCCCCUUCCAUGUAAACACAGGCCUCUUCCUCUGAGACGCUUUUAGCUACCCAAUUACGGUAGCUGCUUAAUCCUCAAGGAGGGGAGAGAGGAGACGUGAAGGAAACUGCAACCAAAAAUCAUCUGUACUGCUCUGCACAGAGCAUCCACAUUAUACCUCUUAUAGUGAACAGUGCAUCACUGACUUCAUGUAGAGUUUACAAAUCUGGUGAGUGUGCAAUUUUGAGAGCAGAUUCACUGCUUUUAAUAUUUUUUUUCUUUUUUAAAUUUUGAUAGACCUAAGUUUUAAGAUUUUUACUUGGAUUCCAAAUUUCUCAGUGUUCUGAUAUAUUUGGACCUGAAAUUUGGCAUAAUUCUUGAGUAAGUUACUCUUAACUGCCAUUUAA